AUGUCUCGAUUCGUGCGCGCCUCCAAAUAUCGCCAUGUCUUUGGGCAGAACGCCAAGAAGGAGCACGGGAUCGAGAACGUGAAGGUGUCAGGCAGCGCCUGGGACACGAACCUCAUCGCCGCAUCGGGCAAAUACAUCAGCGUAAACUGGAACGCGUCGGGCGGCGGCGCCUUCGCGAUCCUCCCCGCGCCGUCGCCCUUCACCGGCGCGCCCCAGAUCCCGUACAAGCUGCCCGACGUCAUCCCCCUCGCGCGCUCGCACACCGCGCCGGUCCUCGACACGGACUGGUCGCCCCACGCGGACGACGUCGUCGCGUCUGCGGGCGAAGACGGCAAAGUGAUGCUCUGGAAGGUCAACGACGCGCAGUUCGAGGGCUGGGGCGCGGACGGCUGGGCGCCGACGGACUUCGACCCCGUGCUGCGCAUCGACGCCAGCGCGCGCAAAGUGGGGCAGGUGCUGUGGCACCCGACGGCCAAGAACGCGCUCGCGAGCGCGUCGGGCGAUUAUACGGUCAAGUUAUGGGAUAUUGGUGCGCCGGAAGCGCCCAAGGCCACGCUACAGGGCCACGGCGACAUGGUGCAGAGCCUGGCGUUCAACGCGACGGGCGAUCUGCUCGUCACGACGUGCCGCGAUCGUAAACUGCGGAUAUUCGACCCGCGCGCGGGCGGCGAGGCGGUGCGCGUCGCGGACGGGCACGGCGGGAUCAAGGCGUCGCGCGUGGUGUGGAUGGGCAACUACGAUCGGAUCGCGACGACGGGCUUUAGCAAGAUGAGCGAUCGGCAGGUCGGGAUAUGGGAGACGGGCGGGCUGGGGAAUAUUAAGACUACUGCGCUCGACCAGACGGCGGGCGUGAUUAUGCCGUUCUACAGCGACAACAAUAUCCUCUUCCUUGCGGGCAAGGGCGACGGGAACGUGCGGUACUACGAAUACGAGAACGACAACCUGUUCGCGCUCUCGGAGUACAAGUCCUCGGACCCGCAGCGCGGGAUGUGCUUCCUCCCGCGCCGCGCGCUCAACACCAACGAGUGCGAGAUCGCGCGCGGCUACAAGAUCGCAGGCACGAGCGUCGAGCCCAUCGCGUUCAUCGUGCCCCGCAAGGCCGACAGCUUCCAAUCAGACAUCUUCCCGCCGGCGCCCUCGAUCGAGCCAUCCCUCUCCGCCGCAGAGUUCUUCACUGGCAAGACCGCGCCCCCGCGCCUCGUCAACCUCGAGACCGGCUCCGUGUCCGCCGGCGCGCCCACCAGCAUCUCCAUCCCUGCCCCCGCCGCUGUCCCCACGCCCACGCGUACCGCUACGGCGCCAGCACCCGCGAGCGCUGCUGCGACGCCGAUCAGCAAGCAAGUCAGCGAGCCGCUGCCGACGCCCACGCAGACGCCCGUGACGCCCGCUGCUGUGCCCAUCCCCGAGACGCCCGCGCCCGCUCCUUCGCCUCAGUCCGCUGCACCGGUCACUUCUGCUUCGCCGCCCGACGACAAGCUCGCGGAGGAAAACGCCAAGCUGAGCGCCGAGCUGCGCGACGCGCGCGCGCAGAUCCGCAAUCUGGAGCUGCAGGUCGAGAGCAUGAAGGCGAAUGCGCGCAAGGCGGCCGAGGCGCUUUUGGCCGCGCACUGA